AUGAGUGGAGAGCUUACCAUAAAUCUCACGUUUUGGCUCAAAGAUCGUGGUGAUGCCCGUUACGUGCAUCGGGACAUUCCUCCUCAACUGGCACUAGAAUUGGGAGCAAAGUCGCUACAAAAUCGCCGACUAAAUAAAUACUCAAGGACAAUAGGAAUUCCAUUUGGUCAACACGAAAAGCUCACUGACAGGUUAAAGAACAUUCUCAAGUCAUACCCCUGUGAUUCAGGAAUCUUGAAAGAACUUGUUCAAAACGCUGACGAUGCUGGAGCAACCGAAAUUCACUUUAUUUACGACACAAGAAAGCUUCCGCACGAAAAGGUUAUUCAGAAUCACGCUGAAGAAGUUCAAGGACCUGCCCUUUGCGUUUACAAUAACAAGCCAUUCACACCAGAGGAUCUUGAAGGAAUACAGAAACUCGGUAUUGGUAGCAAAACUGAUGAUCCGGAGAAGACAGGUCAGUAUGGAAUUGGAUUCAACGCAGUAUACCAUUUAACAGAUUGCCCGAGUUUUCUGUCCAACGAAGAUACUUUAUGUUUCCUCGACCCUCACUGCCGAUAUGCCCCAGAAGCGACACCUGAUUCCCCUGGUGAACAGUUUCAACCAAUUAACGAAGAAUUUAAAGAGGAUUUCAAAGAUGUUUUCCUUGGCUACCUUGGAGAGUAUUUCAACCUGAAAGGAGCUACAAUGUUUCGUCUUCCUUUACGAACGAUGAAAAGAUCUGGCGAGUCCCUCAUAUCUGGUAUAUUCGUAGGAAACUACAAAAUGAAUGAGCUUCUUAGCAAGUUCAAAGACGAAUCAAAGAAGAUGUUGCUUUUUCUUAAUCACGUGAGGAAAAUUUCAUUAUCUGAAGUUGAUAAGGAUGGUCAACUGAAAGAAGCGUGCAGUGUAAUUGCUGAUUUAAGUAAAGAAAGUGAUGAAAAAUGCCGUGAGCUGUCCCGUAUUGUGAAAGGAAGCAAACAUCUUCCCACUCGUGAUGUUGCAUGGCAUAAUGUUACUUACCCAUUGACCAUUUCGAAUUCCGAUAAAGCUGUGGAAACGUGGCUCGUUCAUCAAUGUUGUGGAACAUCAUCCCAAGCGUCAAAAGACUCCAUACCUGAUGGGCAUCAGUUCGGUCUCUUUCCACGCGGUGGAAUUGCUGCCCUAGUUUCCCCACAACGUUCAAGUUCUGAAUACAAACCCCAACAUGUUGCCUAUUGUUUCCUGCCACUUCCUGUUUACACAGGUUUACCUGUCCAUGUCAACGGACAUUUUGCUCUUGAUUCUUCCCGAAGAAACCUUUGGAAUGAUACUGAUCAAAGCAGCCCGCUCACUAAGUGGAACAACUUUAUGAAAAUGAGCGUUCUUGCACCUGGAUAUGCCACAUUAAUUUACGAGGCUCGAAAAUAUAUACCUUUCUCUCAAGGAAUGGUGAAAGACAGUUGCAAGUGCUCGUUUGCGAACAACGUAGACGUUCAGCGCGGGCUUUUAUGGUACCACCAACUCUUCCCGACUCCAUCGAAAGAUUCUCCCUGGAAUAUUUUGGCUCUAGAAGUGUAUCGUUACUUGGGUUCCAAUAAUCUGGAGGUUUUGCCUGUUGUUGUUGCAGAUGAUAAACCCGUCGAGGUGAAUACUUCACCGAAUGAAUCCUCAAAUGAUGUUAUCCAUCAAAUUCGUUCCUGGCUUUCGGUAAAAGAUGCCUGUUUCCUCGAAGGCAAAGGUCAAACGAAACUGGAUGAAGAUCGACUAUUCAAACUUCUGCUUCGAAUGCAUCUCCCACUUCUGCUUUAUUCCCCAACAAUGGUGUACUACUGGUUUAAGCAAGCUGAAAUAGCGUGUAAUGUUCUGGCGCCGAUGAGUGUAAUUAAUUUCAUUAGAAGCUUUUCUGUUCCUACAUCAAAUUGUCAGGUUGGAAACCUUCCAAAACACUUGAAAAAAACAAUUGUCAGAGAAUUGUUGGACCUUAAAGUGCUCAUUGACUAUUGCAAAGUAGAAGAGCAGUUCCCAAAUCUCCUGGAAGGGCUUCCAAUUUUAUUAACUGCAGAUGGUCAACUGAGAGUUUUUGACGCUAAUAACCCUGUUUACCGUUCAAAAUUCAGCGAUCUCGUUCCAGCAAACGCAAAUUUAUUUGUCCACCCUGAUCUUGUAUACAACCUACCUGAAAUCGACAAUCUUCCGGAAAAACGGGUAAUGCGGCGGUUUACCGUCCAGGCAUUGGACCAAUACUUUCCUGGCAUCUUUCCUCAGCACAUGAGAGGCACAUCUGAACAUCUUCCCUGGACGUUUCCACAGAAUGGCCCGUUGUCAAGAGAGUGGUUCCAGCGCCUUUGGUACUUCUUGCAAAGAUACGCUAUUCCUAAGUUAAAUAAUAAUACUGAAGUGUCCUUGUCAGUUCUGGGUGUCUGGCCAAUUAUUCCCACAACCAGUGAUAAAUUAGUAACGAUCAAAAACGGCAAGACAGUGCUUGAUGCGACUCACCGCACUACAGAUGCCGCGCAAGGAAAGCGUAUUCGCGAAAUUUUGGAAAAGUUAAAUUGCUCCAUAUUAAACACAGAAAUCACAGUAAAGAAAUCAACCAAUCCAACUGGCGGGUUUUUUUCAUCCACACUUGGUCGAAUUUUGCCAAUAUUUGGUACACCUAAUGUACCAUCACCUACAGAUGAUAGUAGUCAUGUCACCGACCCGCAUGUAGCGCAACCUCACAAUGUCCGGGAUGUUCUUCAAGUACUUGAUUUUAUGAGAAGAACGGGUUCUCUUGAUACCUCGAAGUUAACCACCGAUGAUUUGCGCACAAUGUUAAGUUUUGUUCAAAAUGAUCUUGACAAUCUGACAGUACAGGACGCCACUAUCCUUAAGAACUUGCCAUUUUACAUGGGCAUAGAUGGCACACACUUCAGUUUAUCAGAGUAUGCUUAUUAUGCUGUAAUUCCAAACGGUGUUCCAACAGCAGAAAUAGCAAAACUUCAGAUUCAUACUAGAUGUCUGUUCCUUCAUCCAGGUUCUGCAGCUGCUCUUAAUCCACUUUACAAAUGGCUUAGUGUCGGAGUGGAAAUCAGCCUUACCGAGUUUUAUAGGAAAUAUAUUAUUCCGCGUUUUAACAUUUUUAGUCGAAAAAGCCAGAUUUCAUACCUCACACACAUAAAGGACGACGUGCUAUUGUCCGUUGGGAGCUCAAUUCGAAAAGUAUUCGUAGAAUUUUUAAUUGGAAGCUUGUGUAUACCAGGUGAAGAUUAUAUCCUCCACUACGCUCGAGAAUUUCACGACCCACGUAAUGAAGUCUUUCAAAUAAUGCUUGAAGAUAAUUCCAACCAUUUUCCACCUCCUCCCUUCCAACGUCCUGAAUGGCUGGAGUUUUUGUCUGAAAUUGGGAUGAAAACAAGAGUGGAAGAAAACCAAUUCCUGGAAUUUUGUGAAAAAGUUGCAGUGUGUGGAUCUCUCGAUCCCUUAACAAAUGUGGCGAAAUCAAAGGCACUUGUUAAUUAUCUAUUCUACAACGAACAUCUCCGAAGUGAAGCGUUCUUGUGUUCCCUUUCAAGUAUUAGAUUUAUCGCAUCCGCAAAAGUGGAAUCGAAUCUUCUCUCGUUACACAAGCAGUUCCAGUGCAAUACCGCAACAGAUCAACCACCUUUUGUGCAGUUUUUUGAUGCUGUUCCUUGGGAAUACCACGUUCUUACAUGGACAAGCACUCAACUUCUUCCAUCAUGGGCACAGCCUGGUAAGGAAUUACUUCGUUACUUAGGAGUUCAAGAGGUACCGUCCGUUGAGAGCAUUGUUAGUCACCUGCAAAACUUCUCGUGCACACUUGCAGAGAUAUGUAGGAGAGACGAAGUAUUGCCACAACCAGCUUUGUUGAAGAAGAUUAUGGAGUCCAUUUAUAAAAGUUUAAACACGGAAUUAGACUGCGGCGAAAACAAAAAUAUCUCAGAUGGUUGCAGUCUUGAAUGCCAAAGCAUUGGUUUACGUUUAAGUAGAAUUCCAUGUGUCUUAGUAGAAGAAGGAAAAGUCGUGGUCGCAGGUGAUAAGUUAUCCUUUGGAAGCCAAAAUGAUUGUUCCUUUAUCCCGUUUUUGUAUCCCGUUCCUCGAAGGUAUUGCGCUUACGAGCAUUUGAUGAAGCGACUUGGUGCGACGGAGAAGUUCACCUCCCUUCAAUUUGCCAAUGUCUUGCAAGCUAUUAGAGAGAAAUGUAGCAACACGAAAAUGAAUCCUAAUCUUUUCGAAAAGGCUAAAGCGGCGAUGGGGGAACUCUUUCGGAGCUUGCUUAGUGAAAGUCACGCUGGGAACCAAACAACAAUAAGUGACCUAGGGGAACUUUUUCUACCAAGCGAAAGGGAAUUUCUUGUGAAAUCAAGUGAUUUAAUCUUCAAGAUCGCCCCUAGUUUUCGAAAAGCUUUGACCAGUCGUACAAAUCUGAAAGUUUUGCUCCCAUUAGAAAAGUGUGAAUUGCGGAGGGAGAAGGAAAAAGAAUAUCUAAACGCUCUUCCGCGACAUUUACGUCCUAAGUUAAUGGAUAAUUUGUUCAAAAAGGUAUUGGAUCCAGAGUGUCUUAAUGACAAAUGUUCUUCGUGUCAAGAAGAUUGUCCUUGCGAGUUUAUUAAAAGAUAUAUACUCAUCAUACAAUCUCCUGAAUUUCAGUCGUGCAUUGUACGACUUUUAAAACACAAAAAGAAAUGCACCGAGCUUACUGAAGUUGAGCAAGAUCGAUUAUCUGUAUUUGGAACAAAUAAAUUGGAAAUUAUUUGUAUGCGUAACAUCAGCGUACAUCUUGUUGACAUUGAAACAGAACAGCCACUCGAGAACAGCUCCAUCCCACGUCAAUGCUACGCUGACGAAAACAACAGUUCGUGGAAACUUUACAUCAAACGUACCACAGGAGAAACCCAAGCGAUUCCUCUCUCCUCCUGUAUCGAUAGGAUUGCACGCUGGAUUUUUGACGUGACCUGUCUACCAGUUAUUUCAAGCAUGUUAUUGUGUAAAUCACCAUCCCAACUUCCCGGUAUCUUAGAUCAAUUUAAUAUAGCUGAGGACUUUUCUGAUGAAGAACUCAAGAUUGGUCAAGAAGUUCCUGUUGUGUUUCAUUAUCUCCUCCAACAAAAUCCGUUGUUUAUUUUCCAUGAAGGAGAGAUUGUGGCUUAUGGUAUAGAGACUAACGAAACAGAUGAGAUGGCAGAAGCAAUUGAGGACGGAUUCAUGAUCAUGAAAUUUGUUUUAGCGAAAGUGAUCUCCCGCACUGACGAAACUGAAAGUGACGAUUCUUAUGAUUUUACUGCAGAAUAUUUGAUAGAUCUGGGGAAUGCACAUAAGAAGGUCAGUGUCGUUGAUUUGUACAAGUUUGUCCAAAACGAUGCUGCGGAGAACCACACUACUGAUCUAAUCCAAUUCACUGGUGAUCCCACUAUCAUGCCAAGCAGUCUUGAUGACGGGAAGCGGGAAAUUCGGGAAGCCCUGCUCAAGGCAUGGCGAUUGCCACAGAAGCUCCGUCGAAAGGUCAUCCGACGUCUAUACCUUCGAUGGCAUCCCGACAAGAAUCCAGAUAAUGUUGCAUUUGCCGAAGAAAUGUUUAAGUUUCUGCUGAGCGAGAUCAAACGAAUGGAAGCUGAAGAAUCGAAUAUUGAUGAUAGCUGCAAGUUCAGUACGAUGUUCACCGGUUGGAAUCGCCGGGCUAGACGGGAGAGAGAUACAUACAGCAACUUUAGAGCAAAUUCUGGUGGUUCAACGCCAUCACCAUCCAGUUAUACUUAUCCCAAUUUAUCCGAAGCUAGACGUUGGUUGAAACAAGCCCAACGCGAUCUAGAAGCUGCGCAGCUUUUGUUUUCCUCCCCAUCCCAGUCGUUUGAUGCUUUGGUGUGUUUCUUGAGCCACCAAGUGGUCGAAAAGAGUUUAAAAGCAGCAUUGUAUGGGAAGUGUGGUCUAACUGAUGAUCAACUACACACUCACGAUGUUUACUCCUUGGCGUAUCAUGUAUGUGGACUAAGAGGUUCACCUGCUGAAAUAACCGACAUGGCCAUUGUCGUUAGUAAUUAUUAUUUGACCACUCGCUAUCCGAACCAACAACCAGGAUCUAUUGUCCCAGCUGAUGCCUUUGGUACAGAACAAUCAGAAAGAGCUUUGGAAAACGCCAGCAGACUUCAUGGAACAGUUGAAACUUUAAUUAGUACGUAGGUUUUAACAUUUUGAACAUGAAAUAAUGACUUUUAACAACUAAACAUUUUAUAUUAGAUAUGUUUCUGUUAUUAUAGUUAUUAGUUUAAAUGCCCGUUUACACUUGCAAUUUCUGCUGCGAUUUUAGGUGCUGCUGCUCUUCGUCUGAUUGAUGGCGAACAAGUGGAUGAGUUAUGCAUGUUCAGAUGAGGGUAAUUAGUGAGACAUAUACUCAGAACAUUCACAACUUAUUUACUCGUUCAAUCGCACUAGAAAUCACAGCAAAAAAUGCAAGUGUAAACGGGCCUUAAUGAUUCCGCAUGGUCUAAUGAUUCGGUAAAAAUUGAUUUAUUGAACGAAUUACAUUUUGAGAACGUUAUAGCUCGUUAAGUUAAACGUAAAUAUUAAAAUAUAGUUGAUAUUGAUUUGAAGUAGUUUGUAGGCACUCCUGAGUUAUACUAUAUUGGAUUGUUCACUUUUUAGCGCCUCAUUGUAUCAAUUUCUCCCUCGCUGAAAGUCCCAGGAAAAAGUAACCUGGUCUUUGUAUGUAUUAGCCUUAUCAACAGUGAGAAUCAUGCUAUUUCAAUAUAUAAUCAGCUUCGACCUGGGAUUAGAUUUUGGUCCAUGUGGCCUGGGACUUAAAAGUUCCUCUGCAAGUUUGAUGUUAAUUUGUAGCCAUUUUGAAAUACAUGCUCGUUAAAUUUCCUGUAGUGCUUCACAAACUUUACUGAGAGCAUGCGCAAACAUGCAG